UAGUUCACGGGGCCGGCCUUCCUUCCCGAAGUCGCCCCCGGUUUUUCUCAAACUCUACUGACGCAAGUUACUCAACGGUGGCAAACUGAACAGCCAAAAGCCACUUGAAACAACAAAACGCCACCCCUCUCCCCCGCCAAGACCCUUCGGUAGAGUCCGAGAAAAAAGCGGCUGCCGCGGUGCGCCCCGGAAGCGGAAGGGCUUCUUCGCCCUGAAAGGCAGGACUUCGCCGAGUGGUGACGUUUCCUCAUUGGGCGGAAGGUUCGGUGGCAGUCGUCCGUCUUCCAGCUGGUGGGAGUCGGCGUCGCGGUGCUGGGCGCUGUGGGCCCCUCGUUUGGAUAGUUGGGGGAGUUAGGUUGUGGGCCGUUCUUGUCUGUCUACUCCGAGCUUUCCUGGCGUUCCUCCCACGGUGGGGAGCCGCUGGAAGGAAUCCCCGGCCCCUUAGGGCCACGGCGUUAUCGGUGCCUUGUGAGAGCCGUAAGCCCACCUUAAAGCCUCAAGAUGGUUCUGGCAGACCUUGGAAGAAAAAUAACAUCAGCAUUGCGCUCACUGAGCAAUGCCACCAUUAUCAAUGAAGAGGUAUUAAAUGCUAUGCUAAAGGAAGUAUGUACAGCAUUAUUGGAAGCGGAUGUUAACAUUAAACUAGUGAAGCAACUAAGAGAAAAUGUUAAGUCUGCUAUUGAUCUCGAAGAAAUGGCAUCUGGACUUAACAAAAGAAAAAUGAUUCAGCAUGCUGUAUUUAAAGAACUUGUGAAGCUUGUAGACCCUGGAGUUAAAGCAUGGACACCUACCAAAGGAAAACAGAAUGUGAUCAUGUUUGUUGGAUUGCAAGGGAGUGGUAAAACUACAACAUGUUCAAAGUUAGCAUAUUAUUACCAGAGGAAAGGUUGGAAGACCUGUUUGAUAUGUGCAGAUACGUUCAGAGCAGGGGCUUUUGACCAACUGAAACAGAAUGCUACCAAAGCAAGAAUUCCAUUCUAUGGAAGCUAUACAGAAAUGGAUCCUGUUAUCAUUGCUUCUGAAGGAGUAGAGAAAUUCAAAAAUGAAAAUUUUGAAAUUAUAAUUGUUGACACAAGUGGCCGCCACAAACAAGAAGACUCUUUGUUUGAAGAAAUGCUUCAAGUUGCUAAUGCUAUACAACCUGAUAACAUUGUUUAUGUGAUGGAUGCUUCCAUUGGGCAGGCUUGUGAAGCCCAGGCUAAGGCUUUUAAAGAUAAAGUAGAUGUAGCAUCAGUAAUAGUAACAAAACUUGAUGGUCAUGCAAAAGGAGGUGGUGCACUCAGUGCGGUUGCUGCCACAAAAAGUCCAAUUAUUUUCAUUGGUACAGGGGAACAUAUAGAUGACUUUGAGCCUUUCAAAACACAGCCUUUCAUCAGCAAACUUCUUGGGAUGGGUGAUAUUGAAGGACUGAUAGAUAAAGUCAAUGAGUUGAAGUUGGAUGACAAUGAAGCACUUAUAGAGAAGUUGAAACAUGGUCAGUUUACAUUACGAGACAUGUAUGAACAAUUUCAAAAUAUCAUGAAAAUGGGCCCCUUCAGUCAGAUCUUGGGGAUGAUCCCAGGUUUUGGAACAGAUUUUAUGAGCAAAGGAAAUGAGCAGGAGUCAAUGGCAAGGCUGAAGAAAUUAAUGACGAUAAUGGAUAGUAUGAAUGAUCAAGAACUGGACAGUACAGAUGGUGCCAAGGUUUUUAGUAAACAACCAGGAAGAAUCCAAAGAGUUGCAAGAGGAUCAGGAGUGUCAACAAGGGAUGUUCAAGAACUUUUAACACAAUAUACCAAGUUUGCACAGAUGGUAAAAAAGAUGGGUGGUAUCAAAGGACUUUUCAAAGGUGGUGACAUGUCUAAAAAUGUAAGCCAGUCACAGAUGGCAAAAUUGAAUCAGCAAAUGGCCAAAAUGAUGGAUCCAAGAGUUCUUCAUCACAUGGUGUGUGACUUUCUUGGAGAGAAGAUUGCAUCUGUUUUGGGCAUCAGCACCCCAAAAUACCAAUAUGCCAUUGAUGAGUAUUACCGGAUGAAGAAGGAGGAAGAAGAAGAAGAAGAAGAAAACAAGAUGUCUGAAGAAGCAGAAAGACAAUACCAGCAAAAUAAGCUGCAGGCUGACUCUAUUAUUCAGACAGAUCAACCAGAAACAGCUGUAUCCAGUUCAUUUGUGAAUCUCAAUUUUGAAAUGGAGGAAGACUGUGAAGUAAUUACGGAAAGAAAACAAAAUCCAACUUCUGUUCCACCAUAGAAAGUGACCACCACACUUUAAAAAACCCUAAGGUUUUAUGUGUUUCUUUGUAUCAGGAACUUUCACAUUCUCUAUUAAAUGGGACUUAAUACAAUUAUUUAUAUUUUAAAUUAUCUGAAAAGAGAAAAUGUUUCUUUAUUCUUAGGCUCUAUCAAGCAAGUCACAUGUGAAAUCAGAAUAUCCGUACAAUGUUUUUGCCUUUUGUUGAAUUAGUGCUCUGGUUUUAAAGUGAUCUUUUAAAAAAAUGCUAGGGACAUUCUGGAGCCCUAAUCUCCAAUUAUGGGUAACUGUCAAGUUUGUUAUUUGUGCACUUUAAAAAAAUUAAAUAAAAGGUAGAUAGCAGAUGAAGGCCAAGUGAGCUGAGAAUACUACAGUCUCAAAAUAAAAUUAAGAUUUCCUUCUAGAUUUUAUCAAGUUAUGCUUUGCAUUUGUAUAUGUUAAUUUUGCUCUAAGGUUGGCUUUCUGAGUUUAUAAUAAAAGGAACAAGAUGGAACAAUUUGAAUUUUUUUCACUAAAUUAUCUUUUAUGGAAGUUUCCAGUAUGAGUUUCCGUUUUUUAAAAUAUAAGUUACUUAAUCUCGUAUUUUUUUUUUCAGUAAUUCAAAUACUAGCCUUAACUAUGCUAAAAGAAAAAAACACCACUAGCUGUGGAAUGAAUUCAUUAACGUAUUUGGAUUCACGUAGUAAUACCUUGUGAUUAUCCACAUGGCAGCCCUUCUGAUUUCACUUACUCAGCCUUUAACGCCUCCUGUGUGCAAGGUGGUAGGGAGGAGACUGGGGAGCAGAUGUAGCUUUAAACCAUCAAGAGCUUUUAAAUACUGUAUAAAGUACAAGUCAGUUACCUGUCAUUUACCAUUCUGAAGUAGCAAAGAUAAGAGAGAAAAUUUACUGGAACCAGAUUGGCCAUUUCUCAAUCUGUUGGGUUAUUUGCAAACUCUACAAAGCUAUGUAACAUGAAGCUAAUUGUGAAAAUACUCCUAGGUAUAUGUGUAGAACUUUAUGACUUUGGUUUAUAGCUGUGUAACGAGGAAUGUAUGGAAUGCUUUAGAAAUAUUGAUCUUAAAAGGCUUUUCACAAACGAUAUUUUAUGAAUGACUUUUCGUCAGUAGCCUUCGAAACAUUUAAGCAUAUAUUUAAACAUUUAAAUAUAUUUGUAACUCACAAUAUAGGUACAGUGGACGUAUUACGGAAAUUUAUUGUCUGAGCUUAAAAUGAAACAUGUUCGUCAACUAAGUUCACUUUCUAAAAUUCAAAGAAUUUAGGAAGGACAAUUAAACUCAACAAGAGUCUUCAGUCACAUGGAUUCAUUGUUGCUGUGAUUAGUAUGUGAUAGUAUACUGUUUUUAAUCAUGGGUGUAAAUUACAUAACUUAAUGCUAAAAGGGAUAAAGCUUCAGAUGUCACCAUGUAGCUUAUCAAUGGCUCUGACACUUGCUCGCCUGACCUUUUCCUUCCAUUCUGUUUUAAAUUUCAUAUAGCACCUCCAAGUCAUAUUUAUUUGGUUAUCAAGUAAAGGCAAGUAUGCUUAAAGAUGAUCUUCUGACUCUUGCAUAGAGGCACUAGUACUUAAAAGUUAAUCUAGGAAUUUGACUGUGGUAGAAGGAAGCUAGUGAUUUACAGAGGCAUUAUGUUUCUUGAAUUUUGCUUUCACUAAUAGCUCAACAGCAGCCAGUUUGUAAGGUUUAUAGUUAUUAACUGUGCCUUAAAUUUUUACACUUUUUUGUUUAUGCAAACUAUAUUCCCCAUAAGUGCAUUAAAUGGUUUGUCUUAUUUUAA